AUGCCGGAUCCCGCCAAAGAUGCGACGGGCGGCAAGACCCCGCCAUUGCUCAAGCUGCCGGAUGACAAGCGCACUUCAGAUCGCCAGGCCUCACCGGUGCGUUUGUCUGCUGAACUCACCUUAAAGGUGAGGACUCAGAUGAACCGCAUCGCGACAGUGCGGAAAAUCGGCGAGACGUUACCAUCGUCUGUAGAGGACACGUCUGUGGAUGAGAUUCUACAAAUCUCGAUUCAACUCGAGGAGGUGCACAAGGCGUUCCUCAAGGAACACGCCUACUUCGAGGUCUCAUGGCCGGCGGCGCUCAUCGAUCAUGAAUAUUUCUCCAACGACGCCUUCGCCGUGGAGGCGGAGGAGUGUAUGACGGCUCGUCGUGCUCUGGCAAAGCUCAAGGGCGCAUUGACGGAAAAGAUCGCUCCGACGACAGCUCCUGCUGUUAUUUAUGACAGCCAACGGCUCACCGACGUGGAGAAACUCCACUAUCUGCGGCUCUCACUGGAAGGCCCACCUGCUCAGCUCAUUUCUGGUCUGCCGCUCACCGGCGAUUCGCUCAAACCAUCAUGGGAAAUGCUCGUCGAUCGCUACGAGAACAAGCGGCUGCUCAUUCAGUCUUAUCUGGACCAGCUCUUCGCCAGCUCAACACCGGUGCAAAAGAACGCCAAGGCACUCGACAAGCUGCUCAACACGUUCAAGGAGGCCAUCAAAGGCCUACAAUCCUUGGGCGUCUCGCAGGAUCUGGGCGACUGCGUCUUAGUGUACCAGUUGUCCAGGCAGCUGGAUCGCCAAACCAAAGAGCAGUGGGAGACGUCGUUGGGCGUUGCGCGCGAGUACCCGCGAUUUGAGAAACUCGAGCAAUUCCUCACAACGCGAGCUAGGGCACUCGAGAGAGUCGAGUCAACGGCCAGCUCAGGAAGCGCGGCAGGGGCUGCUCUAGCAACACGGCGCUCCUCGGCUCAUCAUGCGGCAGCUCAACCGGCACGCACCAACACAUCAGACGGCUCAACAGAGUACCCGUGCGACUGCUGUAACGGCACGCACUUCGUGGUGACGUGCCCGAAGUUCAGGGAACUCUCACCGGGUGAUCGACAGAAGCUAGCCAUCUCACGGAGGCUGUGCUUCAACUGCCUCGGCCGUCACAACACGUUAACCAACAUCCUGCCAUCAUUCAACGCUGCACCACAGGAAUGGCCGCAUCUCACCAAGUUAACCUUGGCUGACCCCGAUUUUCUGACACCGCGGCCAGUGGAUAUUAUCAUUGGAGCUGACUCAUAUGGGCAAAUCAUCAAGCCCAACAUCAUCAAGCAAGACACAUUGAUGCCUAUUGCGCAGCUCUCAAUUUUCGGAUGGCUCGUUCUCGGACCUGUCGACACAUCAUCAUCAGCAUCUGCUGCAGUGCAUCAUGCAUUGAUUCAGGAGAGGGAAGAUGCUCUCUACGAGUUACUGUCGAGAUUUUGGAUACAGGAAGAAGUGCCUGCGAGCAACAAUCCUGAGCUUACUCCUGACGAGCAAAGAUGUGAAGAACACUUCAAGAGUACUGUCUCACGGGACUCAACAGGUCGAUACACAGUUCGACUCCCACUAAAAUCAUCACCUGAUACUCUUGGCAACUCGUAUCUCACUGCGCAUCGAUGUUUGCAAAGUUUACAAAGGAGAUUCUCCCGAGAUGACAACUAUCGACGUCUGUAUCAUCAAUUUAUGACAGAAUAUCGAGAUCUCAACCACAUGAAAAAAGCUUCACCCGUUUCCAGUCAGCAACCGCAAUAUUAUUUGCCACAUCACGGAGUGCUCAAACCCGACAGUGCAACCACGAAAUUGCGAGUGGUAUUCAAUGGCUCGAGCGCAUCCACAUCUGGUCGCUCACUUAAUGAUAUCAUGCACACGGGAGCCAAGUUGCAUUUAGACGUCACCGAUGUCUUGCUCUGGAUUCGACAAUUUCGACACCUAGUUGCCACGGACAUCACCAAGAUGUACAGACAGAUCAACGUGCAUGAAGAUGACUGGAACUUACAACGGAUUCUCUGGCUCGACGAACUGCUCAACGAAGUGGCCUAUUAUCUAACCACGGUCACGUAUGGAACCAAGGCUGCCCCGUUCUUGGCAGUACGAACGCUGCUGCAACUGGUGGAGGACGAAGGCCAUAAUUUUCCUCUUGCAGUGCCGUCCAUCCUUCAAGGUCGAUACGUCGACGACAUCUUUGGAGGCGCUGAUACUGUCCAACAGUUAAUCAAAAUUGCAUUGCAGCUGAAGAACUUGUGCAGGGUGGGCGGCUUUCCAUUGGCCAAGUGGCACGCAACUCAUCCAGACGUGCUCACUGCUGUUCAAGCAGAGAAAGACCAGGGCUCACAAAUUACAUUCGACGAUUGCGCAACCAAGAUACUCGGAUUACGAUGGCUUCCUCAAGAAGAUUCAUUCGCAUUCGCAACAAGGAUCUCGUCGCAUACCGAUCAUCUCACCAAACGCCUCGUUUUGUCUGAAGUGGCUCAGAUAUUCGAUCCACUAGGCUUUGCAUCACCAGUCGUGAUCAAGGCGAAGAUGCUCUUGCAGGAGCUUUGGCUUCACAAGCUCCAAUGGGAUGAACCACUGCCAUCCCAGCUCUCAUCACGGUGGCUCAUCAUCAGAAAGGAACUUACCAGCUUGCGCAAGAUCUCAAUACCUCGGUGGUAUAACACAUGGAGUACAUCGACGGUGGAAUUUCACGGCUUUUCUGAUGCUUCUCAACUGGCAAUGGCUGCAGUCGUAUUUAUCACCGUCCACGGCUCAACUGGUACCACGAUUUCAUCGGUGUGCUCCAAAACAAAGGUAGCACCGCUCAAGCGGCUCACCAUCCCGAGACUGGAACUCACCGCAGCUCUGCUGCUCUCAAGACUCAUGCAAUACGUUCAAGCCACAUUGAAGUUGAACGUCACAACAACUCACCUGUGGACGGACUCUGUUGUGACACUCACGUGGAUCAAAUCUCAUGCAUCGCGCUGGAAGGAUUUCGUGAGAAAUCGGGUCUCUCAAAUACAAGAGCUCACUGCGAACGCACAUUGGAAAUACGUACCAGGUACGUCCAACCCAGCCGACUGCGCCUCACGAGGAUUAAACACUGCUCAACUCCAAAGCCACUCAUUAUGGUGGACGGGACCACCGUGGAUACUCACCCCCGAAGCUUGGCCAUCUCAACCCGCGCUUUCGGACGAGUUGAGCACGCAUGAGGCUCGUCCUGGCAUUGCGCUACAUGCGGCCGCAUUUCAACCGGACUAUCACUGGGACCUGAUCUAUAGGUACUCAUCUCUCAACAAGUUAUUGAAAAUAACAGCUCUUUGUUUCAGAUUCAUAUCGCUUCUGGGAAAGCGCCGACGCAAAACUCUGGACUUACACUCAGCUUUGGAGGAGGCCAGAUUUUUCUGGAUUAAGGCUACUCAAGCGGCAUACUUCACGCACGAGAUCAAGAUGCUCACGGCCAACUCGAGACUACCAACUGCUCACGCAUUCAGCCGAUUGACUGCGUAUAUAGACGCUCAAGGGAUCAUCCGAGUUGGCGGCCGCCUCAACCAAUCAGCACUAGCUCAAGACAGCAAGCAUCAGGCGAUUUUGCCUCGCCACUCCCAGCUCUCAACCUUGAUCAUUUCUCAUGCUCAUCUGCGUACUCUGCAUGGAGGAACUCAGCUGACAUUGGCUCAUGUCAGGCAAAGCUACUGGAUCAUCGGCGGACGGGCUCCGGUGAAGUCGCAUAUUCUGCGGUGUGUCGUGUGUGCUCGGCAGAGGGGGAUCCGUGCUCAUCAAUUGAUGGGCCAACUACCUCUCUCUCGGGUUACGCCGUCACGUCCGUUUACUCACACAGGAGUUGACUAUGCCGGACCGCUCACCAUCAAAGCAUGGAAGGGACGAGGUGCGAAAACAUAUAAAGGAUGGAUCUGUGUGUUCGUCUGUUUCUCCACCUCCGCAAUUCACCUCGAAGUAGUCAGUGACUACUCAUCAGAAGGAUUUAUCGCAGCCUUCCGAAGAUUUUCCGCGAGAAGGGGAAUUGCUCAGACCAUAUAUUCGGACUGCGGGACAACAUUCAUUGGAGCAGACGCCGCGCUCAAGAAAAUGUUCAUCCAGAGCUCACAAGAACAUCAACAGAUCGCUCAAAUUCUACAACAGGAUUGCACCAGAUGGGAGUUCAACCCACCAGGCGCUCCACACAUGGGGGGCAAGUGGGAGGCGGUGGUGAAAUCGGUGAAGUUUCACCUGAGACGGACUAUCGGGGAGACUCUACUCACAACGGAAGAACUCACAACGUUGCUUACGCAGAUCGAGGCCAUUCUCAACUCGCGGCCUUUAGAACCGUUGAGUGACGACCCUGAAGAUGUCUCAGCGCUCACACCAGGUCAUUUCCUCAUUGGAGGUCCACUCACUACCAUACCUGAGCCAUCUCUGAUUGACCUAGCAACCUCACGCCUAUCUCGAUGGCAACUCAUCCAACAGCGGGUUCAACAUUUUUGGGCACAAUGGUCGGCUCAUUAUCUGCAACGCCAGCAGGCGAUAUCCAAGUGGCAUCAUCUUAACAACAAUAUCAAGGUGGGGUCCAUCGUGCUGCUCACCGACGAACGCUCUCCACCGUGCAAGUGGCCACUCGCCAGAGUAACAGCUGUGCACCCCGGCAAGGAUGACUCACCAGGGUGGUUACCCUCAAGACGGCCACCACGACACUCACUCGGCCAAGUGCCAAGCUUGCGAUUCUACCCAUCUCAACUGAAUGAAGGAUCAAGAGUAAGGAAUCAUCAACAAGGUUGCUGA